UGAAAGCGCCUCGGAGGCUCCUCAGUGCGCCGACAGACAGGAGCGACUUUGGGCAGAUUCUUCGCUUGCCCUUUCACUCCCAGCAGGAUCAGAUUUCAUUCCCUUCAUUAUUCUCCACUCCUCCCCUCCCUCAGCCCCCCGCCCCCCAGUUUCUUGAUCUAUAUAAAAAAAGAAGUACAAAAGACAAAUACUCGCUUCAAUGCCUGGAAGUGAAAACAAAACAACCUCAGCUCCGCUUUGAAAAAAAUCUUUCCAAGAACUUUCUUCAGAGAUUUUACGCAACAAUUUGUACAAUGAAGAAAAAACAGAUUUUCUGGGUCUCUGUAUGUCUGCUGCUUACUUUUGCUUCUGUCCCUCUUAAUGCUGAGGAUGAUGAAGAAGAUCUUAAUGCUGAGGAAGAUGAAGAACAUACCAACACUCCAGAUGCUGAGCUUCCGCCACUGAAACUUGUACAUUCACAUUGUGCAUAUAAAGCAGAUAAAGGCCCAUGCCGGGCAAUGCUGAAGAGAUUCUUUUUCAAUAUUUUCACUCGACAGUGUGAAGAAUUUGUAUAUGGGGGAUGUGAAGGGAAUGAGAAUCGAUUUGAAAGUCUGGAGGAGUGCAAAGAGAAAUGUACAAGGGAUUAUCCGAAGAGGCCUGUGAAGGCAAAGACAGCACUGCAGGAAGGAAAGCCAGAUUUCUGUUUUUUGGAAGAAGAUGUUGGAAUCUGUCGGGCCUUUCUCACUAGGUAUUUUUAUAACAAUCAGUCAAACCAGUGUGAAAGCUUCAUAUAUGGUGGGUGCCUUGGCAACCCAAACAACUUUGAAUCUUUGGAAGAAUGCAAGAAUACCUGUGAGGAUGCAUUGAAUAAUGAUAGCACCCAGUUUGUUCUUGUUCAUAAUGGCUCCUCGACCCCACAAUCUACAAAGACUAUGGGAACUUUUGGCUAUCACAGCCCCUACUGGUGUCUGACCCCAGCAGAGAGAGGAUUGUGUAAAGCCAAUGAGAGAAGAUUCUACUACAAUGCAGUUACUGGGACAUGUCUCCCAUUUAAUUACAGUGGAUGUGGAGGGAAUGAAAACAAUUUUACUUCUAAAAGAUCAUGUCUCAGGGCUUGCAGGAAAGCUUUUGUCAAAAGAAUAUCAAGAGGAGGAUUAUUUAAAGUUAAAAGGAAAAGAAAGAAGCAAAAGAAAGAAGUGGAAAUAGGAUAUCAUUACAACAUCUAAAAUUUUAGAUGAAGCUUUUCACUAUGACUUCUAUUUUUCUUUUUUAAAAAACUUUUUAACUAAUAUUUUCAUGAAUUUCCUAUGCAUAUAUUACCUGUUAUUGAUACAUUUUCAUCAGCAUUCCUUUUCUAAUCUAGUCAAAUUGUUUACUCUAGGGCUAUAAUUUAUUAACUGACUACUAUGAAUUUAUUUAUUCUCUUGAUCCCUUUCUAUUUAUCAUUUAACUACAAAUUAUCAGACUGCUGGCCACAUCAAAUCAGUCCAUUUUUCUAUUUAGUCAUCACCUAUUUCAUAAUAUACAGUCACUUAUUUGUUUUGCUCAUAUUUGUAUAUAUUAUACAUGAUGAUGAUCUCCUUUAUAGCCCAUGCUCAGACUAAGAAAUACAGCCCUUAAAAAACAAGCACUUUUGGGUUUUCACAUUAAAAAUGAUGACAAGCACCUUCUUCUGAUAAAGAGUAUUCACUUGUGCAUUUGGAAAGACCUGAUAACAGUAGAAUUAUAUCAUGUGCUUCCCUCCUUAGAUAUACUUCUCCUUUUGCAUCAACAAAUACGUCGGUGGUUCUUGAGCCAAACCAUAUUUGAAGAAGAGUCAGUUCUGUCAUGUGCCAGCCUGAUUUUUGUCUGAUUUAACUUUCUUUAAUGCUCAUUAAUGAUCCAUGAUAUCAAUUAAGAUGGUUGAAUAAAUUAAUUUUGUGUUAAUACAGAUCAUGGUAAGAAGAAACUUCCUAGAAAAGGGAAGCUUUUAAUGGCAAGCUAAAGGAAAUUCUGCUUACUUGCUUCCUAAUUUUAUUGUUCAAUAAAAAUAUUUCUUACCAAAA